AUGCUGGGAAUUGGACGAUGUACUUUUGUAAAAACAAACGAACGGCUUGACAAGGACAAAGCUACUGAAAUAUCAGAUGGUACGAAAGAGAACAUCAAACGGUGGAACAAAGCCGACGUGUUGCUGUACGAACACUUUAACCAAACUCUUUGGCAAAGAAUCGAAAGGGAAGGAAAAGACUUUUACGACGAUCUUACGAACUUUCGUCGAAUGAAACAGGAACUUAAAAGUAAAUGUUUUGAAGACAAGCCAAGUAAGCAGUUAAUGUAUGGCAACAAGUAUGCGAAAGGUUUCACUUUAAGGUCGGAUUUGUCUUCUGAUCUAAAACAAAAAUGUGAAAGUAUGACAAGAACUGAAAAUAACUAUCUGGCAUAUUUAAGGAAGAAGCGAGUAGCAAAAAUUAGUCGGUAUUCAUCGCGCAACACCAAAUGA